CUUCCCCUGGCCGCAGUCGCUUUUCCCUCUUGGAUGUUGUGAAGAGUGUGGCUACGCAGGUGGUAAACUUGCACAAGGUCAACGUUUGUGGAGCUGGCUUCUCCCAAGCACAUGGACUUCAGUCUCCUUCCCCUUGCUCCCUGUACGUAGGUGGAGCAAAAGCAGAGCUGCCAGCAUUGGGGCAGAGGUGCAGUGUUGGUGCUGGUCUUGUACCCAAGCUGUGGAGAGACUCUGCAGAGCUCUUGGCGCAUCCUCUGUUUGCAUGUUUAAAUCCCCAAACACCGACAUGCUCUUGCUGUUGCAGCUGCCUGUUCCCAGCCACUUUAUCUGAGGUUUCCCCCUUCCUCAGGAAAUAAGAGCUGCCAGCAAACAAUUGAGAUUGUGCUGAAGUGCACCCCCAGCUGCUGUUGCUCAGGUCCAUCGCCAGCUAUGCCUGAGCUGCCUGAACUUUCCUACCCCAAAGGGUUCUGGGGUCUGGUUUAAGCCGGGGUGAAUUAGCUGGUGAGGUGACCACAGCAGCAGUGCAGGUGUCCUGCGGUUCCAGGCAGAGACGCAGGUUGUGUUAUUCCUCUCUCUGAGCUUUGAAUAUUUGGUCAGAAUCUGCAGAUUCAGCCCAAAGAUAUGUUUUGGGGGGCCAAAGCUAUUCUGGGUCAUGCAGGGAGGUAUGACAGAUCCCAAGUCACCUCCUGAGUCCAGGGACAGUCUGGGGGGUGGCUCUCAGCCUGCCUGCGACACGGAAACAGCUCUGACCCCCCAGCAGCCUGCCAGCGAGCAUCCCAGCUGCAGCGCAGACCCCCUCCCUGCUUGCCCUCACCUGCACAAGGUGAAAACAAAGCCACGUGUUUGGGGUCUGCAGAACCAUUGUAAACUGAGGCUGCCCUGCCAGAGCUGAGCUGCCUGGGCGUGUGUGCACAAGCAGUAGCACGUCUGCAAGGGUAAGGAGAUAAGGUUGGGAGCUUUUUCUCCUGAAACUGAACUGUGUGAAGAUAAGGUGAAGGUAGGCGGUGCAGAUACCACUAUCACCUCCAGGCAGAACACUCCACCUGCCACCUGAGCAGGGACUGAUGGCCCAGAUGAAAUCCUUCUUGUGUUUUGGAGUAGUGGUGUGCACAGGUGUUGCAAAGAACUUAGUAGGAAAAGGAGUGGUGGGUGUGCACAGGGGCAUGUGCAAACAGCAGGAGCUGUAGUUUAAAAUGGAAAGAUGCAAGAGCAGAAUGUGGCCCUGGCUGGCUGCUGGCAUGUGCCACAGCCCUUGUCACUGCAGAGGGAGGUGACGUGUGGCUGCAGCAGCAGUGGGUGCCCCGCUCUGCUGGUUCCCAGGCUGGCAGAUGCCAGGAGCACUGUACUGAGAUCUCUCUGCCAGGGAGGAGUGCCACUCUCUGCUUGGGGACCCAGCCCUGGCAGAGGUAAAGAUGCCAGGAAGUUCCCUCAAAGGGCGCAAAAGGCGUGAAAUCAAAUUACACAUCACAUGUGUACCCGUGCAAAUGCAUUCGUGGAAACACUCAUUGCUCUGACCCUUGUCAGCCUCUUGCACGUGUCUCUGUGCUGUCACUGCAGCAUUUCACCCUCUCCGGGGUCUCCUGCUUUGCUUUGCAGCCCUCCCUGUUGGGGGGGGGCGCAGCUCCAACCCUCCCCAUUGUCUUCCCAGCAUGGCAAAGGGGUACCCACUGGGUGUCUCUUUAAGAACAUGCCUGGCUCGGAGCCCUGACCCGCCUCUGAGCUCAGCGUCACCAUCUCUUCUUCCUCUGCACAGCUGAGUUUCUAUUUCCCCGGCUUCUUUUGUUGGCUUCUUUCCCCCAUCGCCCCGAUCCCCGGCGCAGGCACGAUGGCAUCACCCAUCUCGCAGAAGCUGGAGGAGAAGCUGGUCUGCUCCAUCUGCCUGGAGCUGUUCAGAGUGCCCGUGACCUUGCCCUGUGGGCACAACUUCUGCAAGCGCUGCAUCGGCGACCACUGGCACAAGCAGGAGCAGGCGCCCGCCGGGGCCAAGAAGGGCUACACGUGCCCCGAGUGUCGCAGGGGCUUCGAGCAACCUCCGGAGCUGGAGAAGAACGUCACCCUGUGCAGCGUGGUGGAGCUGGCACGGGAUGGCGAGGCGCGGGCCUCGGGCACGGAGAGGUGCGAGGUGGCCCACGGCGAGCUGUGCCCGCAGCACGGGCGCCCGCUGGAGCUGUACUGCGAGGAUGAGCAGCGGUGCAUCUGCUGCGUCUGCACCAUCCGGCAGUGCCAGCGGCACCGGCGGGUGCUCUUCGAGGAGGAGAGCUCUAAAAAGCAGGCUCUUUUGAAAGACUCCCUGGAAAAAGCCCAGGAAGAAUCGGAGAGGAUUGAGAGGGUGAUGCAGGAGUUGGAGGAGCGAACGCACAGCAUCAAGGACUCUUCUGAGGGGCUCAAAUCAGUGAUUCUGAGCAAAUUCGCCCUCCUGAGGAAAGCCCUGGAGGAUUUCCAAUGGCAGACGGUGGCCAGGAUCGAGGAGGAGCAGGCGGCGGCACUGGGACAUGUGGAAGAGAACUGGAGCUUCCUGAAGGACCGCCUGGACAUCCUUGGCCAGCACAGGGAGAGGGCUCAGGGCCUGCUGGCCUGCCCUGACCACAGGACCUUCCUCCAGGAGUUCCCCCUGCUCCCGUCCCCGGAGAGCCCGGGGGCGCUGGUCCCCAUGGAGUUUGAUGUGGCUGCCGUGGUCAAGCCCAUCAAUGAGAUCCUCGCUAACAUCUCCAGGCUCCUGCUGGAGGACCUGCCCAGCUCUGUGGCCCCCAAAACCCCCAACCCCGCUGGCCAAGAUCCAGUGCACCCCCAGGGGCCGGCGGUGAAGGUGGUGGCCCCUCUCCCCAAGUGCCAUCUCCGAGCUGAGCUUCUGAAGGACCACCGCAACCUGACCUUCGAUCCCAAGACAGCCAACAAGUACUUGGAGCUGUCAAAAGGCAACCGGAAAGCCAAGCACGGCCCCAGUGCCAUCUGCGGGCGGCAGGAGGAGCAGGGACCCCGCUUCGAGCCCUGGCAGGUGCUGUGCACGCAGGGCUAUGGCCACGGCCACCACUACUGGGAGGUGAAGAUCUCCAGCCACUCUGUCAUCCUGGGGGUGACCUACCGUGGUCUCCCCUUGGAGCGACAGCAAGGUCACAAGUUCAACAUCGGCCUGGACGGGGGCUCGUGGGGGCUGCAGGUGCGGGAGGAUUGCUACCUGGCCUGGCACGAGGGCCGGGCGGAGAAAAUCCAGGAGCUGUUGUAUAAGAACCUGGGGGUCAGCCUGGAUUACAGCAAGGGGCUCCUCUCCUUCUACGGCCUCGGGGAGAGGACGCAGCUCAUCCACUCCUUCCACACUGUCUUCACCGAGCCCCUCUACCCCGUCUUUUGGCUGUGUGAGGGGCGAGCCGUGACGCUGUGCCAGAGGGACUGAGCUGGAGUUGCUGGGCUGGCAAACCCCGGGCUGGUGCCGUAGCCAAGCUGCAGCCAGGGGCUGUCGCAGUGUGAGUGGGACCCCAAUGCUGAGGCAGGAGUGGGGCACCAUGUUUUAACAAAGGCUGAUGAGGACAGGCACGCACAUUAACCCGCUCAGGUUUGCACAUGCAAAUAUCACGCUGGUGACACAAGUUAGGGCAAGGGAAAGGAUGCUGUGCCCCUCCCGUGGGGAUGAAGCCCCCGGUCCCUGUGCAUGGGGACACGUGUGGGUGCCUGUCCCUGCAGGCAGGGCAAGGGGGGGUGAUAAGGAGGGCGCAAGAAUUAGAUUUUUCCUCUUUCUCCUGUCCUGGCCCAACAUCCCAAGCCUGGGGGAGAUUUGGGGUGAGUGAGACCCCAGAGAGGGGUGCUGCAGCCACAGGGUGCUGUGGAGCAAUGCAGCGGGAGCCCUGUGCCCCCCCAGCCCCACAUGCAGGCAGGUCCUGCUCCCAAAGCCCCUCCUGGUCGCCUCUUGCCACUCUCAGACACGAUAGAGCAACUUUUUGGAGUGCCACGAUCCGGUUGCUCUUUGUACAAUGCUGUUUUCCCUAAUAAAGCUCUAUUUUCCUA